UUUUCAUAAAAACACUCUUGACGUACGGCUUCCUCUGGGCACAAAGAUGCGCAAUCUCAAGCUCAUUGGAAGGUCGCUUCUACGAUUUUCCAGCGAGGGUGACCCUUUACCUUUAUCCGCAACCGCGUGGGAUCCCGCAUCGAAUUCCAUCAUCUGUGCUUUCGGACCAUCAGCAUCACGUGCCGUAAUCGAAUUGAAACGACUUCAUUAUGAACAAGACAGCGUAAAUGGCAGACUGGAGAGUAUUGCUUCAUGGGAUGCGCCAUGCCCACUGCCUGAUUUACCAAAUGAUUUGAUAAUAGACCUACAUCAUCUUUCGGACUCGGCGACAACAUGCCUCGUUCUUGCUGGUGGGGAUAUUAUCCUGGUGCGAGAGGAUCCUUUGGACAACCAAGACUUGGUCGAAAUUGUGGGAUCAAUUGAUGCCGGAAUUUCCGCUGCCGCUUGGUCACCAGAUGAAGAGCUGCUUGCCAUCACAACACGUGCAGACACCUUACUCUUAUUUUCCAGGGACAUCGAAAAUAUAUCGAGUAUCAACCUCACGCCCGAAGAUGUCAAUGUAUCGAGCCAUGUGUCCGUAGGCUGGGGAAAGAAAGAGACUCAAUUCAAAGGCAAAAGAGCGAAGGCUCUCCAAGACCCUACAGUACCUGAGCGCGUGGAUGAGGGUACCCUCAGCCCGAAUGAGGAUCAGUCAGUCACUAUCAGUUGGCGUGGCGAUGGAGCAUACUUCGCUCUCAGCACCGUCGAGCAGCAGCAAAGGAGAAUGAUCCGAGUUUAUUCAAGAGAGGGGCAGCUGGACAGUGUCAGUGAACCAGUGGACGGCCUUGAAGGAGCAUUGAGCUGGCGGCCAUCUGGGAAUCUAAUUGCGGGAGUGCAACGUUCAGCAGAUAAGACGCAGGUUGUCUUCUUUGAACGUAAUGGUUUACGGCAUGGUCAAUUCGAUCUUAGACUCUCGCCAGAAGAGCUACAAUCUUUGACUACACCACUCCGUGUUCAUUGGAAUAACGAUUCCAAUGUCCUUGCUGUAACCUACCCGCAGAAGGUGCAGCUAUGGACGAUGAGUAACUACCACUACUUCCUUAAACAAGAGAUAGAGCUUCCUGAAGCAGCAAUGUCAGCUAUUACAACAAGAUGGCAUUCUGAAAGACCAUUGGCUGUCACUGUCGCAACAUCUGAUUCCCUACAGGUGCUGGACUAUACACAAGCUACUGCCGGUGGCUCAACAGUCCCUCCUAAUGAUCUGGGUGUCGUAGCAGUCAUCGAUGGGCUUACCCUCAAGGUUACUCCCUUAAGGAUUGCAAACGUUCCGCCGCCAAUGUCUUUUCUCCAGAUCCCUCUAGAGAAAAAGGCCGUCGACGUUGCCAUCUCUGCUACCAAUUCUCGAAUCGCCGUUAUUUCGAAUUCAGAUGUGUCCGUGUAUUCACUUGAUCUACACAAGCGACCUGUGCCCAAACCCACAUUACUAUGGCGUAGCGACUCUCUUCAGGACUACCUUCCCCGCCAGGUCGCCUUCAUCGAUGAUCGCGUGUACGUCUUGACAGAUAGCUGGCAAGAAGAAGAGAGCAGUUUGUGGUUGAGUAACGAUAACCAACAAUUGGAUUUCCUUGGUCGUAUUUUGGAACCGGGCCGUGCUUCAUCGAUCGUACAAAGAGCAGAUUAUCACAGCAUUUACGUGCAAUUCUACAGCGGUUUGCUGUACGAUAUCAGACCCGACGGAACAUUGGACAAUUUCGUUGGAGGGACUCAGUCGCUUCUGCCUUUUCCCACAUUUACCCCCACGGCGCAAGUAACCACUGUAGACAGCCAGCAAAUAUCCAUAGGUUUGACGAACAGCGGGGUCCUCUACGCUAAUGAUCGUAUCCUUGUCCGCAAUUGCACCUCUUUCAUUGUCACAAACGCACAUUUGAUCUUCACGACAACGCAACAUCUUCUCAAAUUUGUUCACCUCACCAAUGUGGAAGAUAUGGAAGUACCGGCGGAUGAGCCACAGACGGAUGAGCGCUGCAGAAGCAUCGAGCGUGGAGCUCGUAUCGUCACAGCGAUGCCAACUACAUACUCUGUCGUUCUCCAGAUGCCUCGCGGUAACUUGGAAACUAUCUACCCGCGUGCGAUGGUAUUGGCUGCUAUCCGACGCAGUAUCGAAAAAGACCAGUAUGGCGAGGCAUUCCUUGCUUGUAGAAACCAACGUGUGGACAUGAACAUCCUUCAUGACCACGACCCUCAACGUUUUAUGAGGAGUAUCGAGAAGAUGGUCACGCAAGUGAAGAGGAUUGAGCACAUUGAUCUCUUCCUCUCCCAGCUCAGGAAUGAGGAUGUCUCCGAAACGAUGUACAAAGAAACUUUGAAGACGAAAGACCAAGCCGCAAAAGCCAGCGUCGAAGACUACCCCAUUGAAUCCAAGGUCAAUCGUAUAUGUGAUGCUUUCCUGGCGGUCCUAGAGCAGACGCAGUACAAGGAAACCCAUCUGCAAAACAUCAUUACCUCUCACGUCUGCAAAGUUCCCGCAGAUCUUGAGUCCGGCUUAGAGAUGAUAGGCAGAUUACAAGCAUCUCAAGACCCUCUCACUGAGAAGGCAGCAGAGCAUAUUUGUUUCCUGGCCGACGUCAAUCAGCUCUACGACACAGCAUUGGGUAUCUACAAUCUCGAGCUGGCUCUUCUCAUAGCACAGCAAUCGCAGAAGGACCCCCGGGAAUACCUCCCUCAUCUCCAAUCCCUCCACGACCUGCCUCUUACCAGGCGGAAGUUCAAGAUUGACGAUCAACUGUCACGCCACACGAAGGCACUACAGCACCUCAAAGAUCUAUCCGCAUUCGACGAACUCCAAGCCUACGUCCAGAACCAUACUCUCUAUCGCGAGGCUCUCGAACUCUACCAAUAUGACACCUCAUCCCUCGACCAAAUCAUGCGUCUCUACGCUGACCACCUCGCGGUAACAAACCAACACAAAGACGCCGCGCUCGCAUACACCUACCUCUCCGACCACGCAUCCGCCCAUCCACAUUACCUCUCCGCGCUGCUCUGGCGUGAGGCUCUCUCCUCUGCAACUCUCGCCGGUGUCUCGGACCAAGACCUCGCCUCCCUAGCCACCUCUCUCGCAGAAGGCCUCACCGAAUCCAAAGACUACCUCUCCGCAGCCACAAUCCACCUCGAUUACCUCUCCGACCUCCCGACCUCCGCCCGCCUCCUCUGCCGCGGCUGCUUCUUCCCCGAAGCCAUUCGCCUCAUCGUCUUACACCGCAACCCGACCCUCCUCGAAGAAAUCAUCGACCCAUCCCUCAUCGAGCGCUCCGCCGAAACCACCGAGUUCCUCGCCGACAUGCGCACCCAGCUGCAAAACCAAGUGCCUCGCCUCCGCGAGCUCCGCAAGAAGAAGCUCGAGGACCCCAUGGCGUUCUUCGAGGGCACGUUCGAGGGCGGCAACGCGGAUAUCCCGGAUAACAUCUCCGUCGCCCAGACGGAUACUACGAGUGGCGGUACGUUCAUGACGAGGUAUACGAAUAGGACUGGCACUGUCAAUACGGCGACCACGCGCAGGACUAGCAAGAAGAAGAGGCAGGAGGAGAGGAAGAGGGCCAGGGGUAAGAAGGGUACGGUGUAUGAGGAGGAGUAUCUGGUUAAUAGUAUUGAGAGGCUGGUGGAGAGGUUGAACGUCACGGUUGAGGAGGUGGAGAGGCUUGUUGCUGGGCUGGUGGGUAGGAGGAUGAGGGAGAGAGCGGAUGCGGUGACGAGGAGUGUGCAGGAGGUUGGCGCGCUGUGUAGGGAAGCUGUGAAGGAGCUUUGGGAAGGUAAGGAAGAGAGCCAAGCCGCGGCUCCCCCUGCAGGAUUUGGUGGUGUGGAUGGGAAUGAGGGAUUGAAGCCCCAGGGUGCAGAUGCCACGCUAUGGGCCAGCUUUGAGGAGGUGAACAAGAAGAGAGACCCGCCGGUCAUCAAGGAAUUUGGUAGAUUGAGUUUAUUAGGCUGAGCGUGUUCAGUCAGAUAGACAGAGUUCUCAGUUGUUCAUAGAAUUGGAAGAAACAAAAAGCAAAUUCACAUA